CUCUUCUGAUCAGUUGUAGUACUUGAGCUGAUCUACGGGCUGAACUGUACCUUAUGCAUCCUAAAGGCUUGAUUUUAUGGCUUCGUGCGGCGUGGUCCUUGGUAUGGUACGCAAUUUGGACAGUGCAAUGGACUCUGGGCACACUAUCAUCACAGACUCCCAGAAGGGCCAGGCCCUCGCAUUCUGUUCAAUCUCAUACUUAUAGGCUCAGUUUCUCAUUCGAGUCAAAGUUAGAAGCCCGCAUACUACCAAUACCGGAUUAAAUUUGAAGCAUUCCAAAUCAACUACAAAUUGCAAUGACAAAGCCUCGUCU